CGGUGAUUGGACAGCCAGCGAAGUUCGGUGGAGACGACAGGCGGACGGGCGAACGAACGAACGAGCGACGGCGGCCGUCGUCGUCUUGCGGAAAAUGGCGGCUGGGAACCGGGGCAGCUGUCGGUUGCGGCCGUUUCUAUGGCGAUGAGGCGGGUCGAGCCGCCUCGGCGCCCAGUGAGCUAAAAAUGACACAGGGAAAGAAAAAGAAGCGGCUGAACCGCAGCGUCCUGCUGGCCAAGAAAAUCAUCAUCAAGGACGGGGGCACGCCGCAAGGGAUAGGCGAGCCUAGUGUCUACCAUGCGGUGAUUGUAAUCUUUUUGGAGUUCUUUGCGUGGGGAUUGUUGACAACUCCUAUGUUAACUGUUUUGCAUCAGACAUUUCCUCAGCAUACAUUUCUAAUGAAUGGACUUAUUCAUGGGGUGAAGGGAAUAUUAUCAUUUCUCAGCGCUCCUCUCAUUGGAGCAUUGUCGGAUGUUUGGGGCCGGAAAUCCUUUCUUCUCUUAACUGUGUUCUUCACCUGUGCCCCAAUUCCUCUCAUGCGAAUAAGCCCCUGGUGGUACUUUGCAGUGAUAUCCAUGUCUGGAGUAUUUGCAGUCACGUUUUCAGUGAUAUUUGCCUACGUAGCCGAUAUAACUCAGGAGCAUGAGAGGAGCACAGCAUAUGGACUUGUAUCUGCAACAUUUGCAGCUAGUCUUGUGACCAGCCCAGCUAUUGGAGCUUACCUGUCCAGGGCAUAUGGCGAUAACUUGGUGAUAGUUCUUGCCACUGCCAUUGCCCUGCUGGACAUCUGCUUCAUUCUCGUGGCUGUGCCAGAAUCGUUACCAGAGAAGAUGAGACCUGCUUCUUGGGGUGCGCCAAUUUCAUGGGAACAAGCAGACCCUUUUGCAUCUCUGAAGAAAGUGGGUCAGGAUUCAACAGUUUUGUUGAUCUGUAUUACUGUAUUUCUAUCGUAUCUGCCUGAAGCAGGCCAGUAUUCCAGUUUCUUUCUUUAUCUCAGACAGGUAAUAGGAUUUUCUUCCGAAACUGUAGCUGCUUUUAUUGCAGUUGUGGGAAUCCUUUCCAUUUUAGCUCAAACUGUGGUGCUUGGCGUCCUGAUGAGGUCAAUUGGUCAUAAGAACACUAUUCUCCUGGGACUUGGCUUCCAAAUUCUUCAGCUGGCUUGGUAUGGUUUUGGGUCCCAGCCCUGGAUGAUGUGGGCAGCAGGAGCCGUGGCUGCCAUGUCCAGCAUCACCUUCCCAGCUGUCAGUGCCCUUGUUUCUCGGAACGCUGACCCAGAUCAGCAAGGAGUUGUACAAGGAAUGAUUACGGGGAUCCGUGGGCUCUGCAAUGGUCUUGGUCCAGCACUGUACGGAUUUGUAUUCUACCUUUUCCACGUGGAACUGAAUGAAAUGGGAGAUGUUGAUAAUCCUGGUAAAGUUCCAAAAGGAAACAUGCAGAAUCCCACUGAUGAGAGCACCAUAAUCCCAGGACCUCCUUUUCUCUUUGGAGCAUGUUCAGUAUUGCUUUCUCUGCUGGUUGCCUUGUUCAUCCCCGAACAUAGUGGCCCCCCUCUGCGUUCUGGCAGCUGGAAGAAACACAGCAAUGGGUCCCAGGGUCACCCCCACAGCCCACAGAGCACAAGCCCCGAUGGAAAAGAGCCUUUAUUACAAGACAGUUGUGUAUAAUGGCAAAGAGCUGGCCAGCUAGCACAGCUCAAGAUGGACGGGACGUGGAGAUCAGAUGUGGCUGCCCACCCAAGGUUUUCCUUUCGGACAUCCUAAUACUUCCUGCGAGUUUUUCCAAUUGAAAGUUCUGUCUUUUAAUUCAAUGUUUCUUUAAAAAAAAACAAAAAAACAA